GCGAACCGAACCAAGAAGAAAAUGUAACAUUGUAACAAAUUCCCUGUUUCGGAACAAUGCAAACAAUCUACAGGUCCGACAACACUAGUGUGCAUCGGCGGACAGUAAUACUGUAAAGUAAUAAUAGAUCAUUAGAAAUAAAUUAAAAUAAAGAAGCGGGCCAAAUCAAAAGAGAAAGUCACGGGCCUCACGGCCAAUGUAUUCAUUGGUCCUGAUGUUGCGCCUUGUUGCACGUGAUGAAAAUGAUUAAAAACUACCACGCCUACCACGAUUUGAAUGGUUUCACUUUCUUUUAUCUAGCACCUUAUUCCUGUUUGCAUAGUUUCGCUUUCCUUCCUGAACAUUCUUUUAGUGAAGAACAGCCUGUGUCUUCAUUCUAUCAUCAUCUCUAACAGUUUGGGGCUUGUCCUAAGAAAUCUCUGCCUGUAGACCAAAAGGAGGGGUGCCAAAACCACCGACUUUGCUCUUGAAAUGGGUGGAGCAAAUGGAAAACAGUGGGUAAUGCUUGUGGCUGGUUCAAAGACAUGGAACAAUUACAGGCACCAGGCUGAUGUGUGUCACGCCUAUCAGAUAGUACAUCAGAACGGGAUUCCUGACGAGCAGAUCGUGGUGAUGAUGUAUGAUGACAUUGCUUAUAAUAAGAAAAACCCUUAUCCUGGAAGCAUAAUUAAUAAACCAAACGGACCGAAUGUGUAUCCAGGGGUUCCAAAAGACUACACUGGAGAGGAUGUAACACCUGGAAACUUCCUGGCUGCUCUCAGAGGAGACAGCUCUGCUGUGAAAAAGACCAAGCCAAAAGUCAUUACAAGUGGAGGGAAGGACACAAUAUUCAUCUAUCUGUCAGAUCAUGGAGGUUCAAGCAGGUUUAGUUUUCCUAACAGCACUAUGGUGAUAUACAUGGAAUCCUGUCGAUCCGGAUCGAUGUUCACCAAACUCCCCGACAACGUUCAUGGUAAGAAGGGGAAUUAUAUUAAACUAUGA